AUGAACCCGCCUGCACUGUUCCAAACCUUGGGUUCCCAUUUCCCUCGUACCAUAAACGAGAACCAGGAGCUCAUCAACAAGGUCGACUGGCUCGUGUCCUCCCGGAAGUCCUCCAUUGCCAUUUCGCGUUGUUACCGGGAGGCAUUGUCUGGUCAAUCUGAGGAAGUGGCCGAACUCAAAGAGCAGAUAUUAGCCCUGCAGCAAGUGGUUAGCACAUUGAAUGGCGGCGAAGGAAGGAAGAGAAAGAGAGGAAAGGCUCAGACGUGGGAGAAGAACUCAGACAUCGAGUCCUGGGUGCAUGCUGGCGUCCGCCGUCUGCUGGGGAUGCCCGAAACGGGAAGCAAGGACAACUUUGCGCCAGAAAAGUGGCCCGACUAUGACAAGGAGGAAGCAACCAAUGGGUAUAUCCAAACGUCGGAGGGCAGGGCGCUGUGGAGGCCGGACUGGGGAAACCUUAAGAACAGAUUCUUUGAGAACCUGGUCGAAGCGGCGAUCAAGUCUUGUCUCGAUAACCAGGCGAUACUCGAGAAGGCCAAGGUGGCGCGUCCAUCGGAGGUGGAAGUGAGAGAUCGAGUGGUCAUGUACCUUGAGUCCAUCGACAGGAAAAAAGGGAACGCAGCGAGCGUUGAGACGGAGUGGAAGAAAAUUGAUGGUAGGACCAGAUCGUUGGUGAAAUUCAUCAAGGAUAAAUGGGACGACCUUCCUUUGAGCAAAUGUCGGGAGGCACCUCUUCUCAAGGCCGCCCUCACCGAGUACAACGGGGUUCUGCGAACCCUCUAUUUCAUAGAGUGGCACGAGACUCAGAACCCCUUGAAGGUCGCCGAGAAUGUCGCGGAGGACGGCGAGAAUAUUGACGAUCUUGAAGAUGCCGAACUUGACGACUACGACGAUAUUGUAGAGCCAUGGUGGUGGUCGGAAGUGAUUCGUCUUGCUGUAUGGACCGCCUUUGAAUUGUGGCAGCAGUCGAUUAAGAGAGGCGGCCGCCCCAGCGUCGACGUCUUCCACCUGCCACCUAAUUAUCACAAGCUUAGGACUACCGGCUUUCGUCUUGCUUCUGGCGUAUGCGCCGAGAUCGAAGAGGGAGAAGGCGGUGGUGAGGAGAUCAUCCAGCCCCGGAUCAAGUGCACCAAGAGCAUGAUCAACUGGGAUGUGGUCCGACCCGUCAACUCACCUCUGAUACCCGAUGAGUCACAAAUUCCUGGUGAUGUCGUCUCGGCUACAAGCCGCCACUUGCCGACACUUCAGCAAUAUCUCCUAAACACCCAACCUGGGAUCCUGACAAAGGUCACCGAUAAGCAUCUCAAACUUCCUCCUUGUGUCGAGAGCCACUGUCUCAGAAGCAUGUGGAAGGGCCGACGCAGACACGACGGCGUGCCGUACCAUAUGAAGAUCAACGCCGCUCGUCAGGGGGAACGCUUCGAUAAUCUGCAAGAGUUUCAUGAACAAGAGUCGGCGUCGACAGACAGGCGGGGUAGGGUGGUUUGGCCGACAGAUGGAGACGCUUUCAACGAUUACAGUGAUGUCGGGUUUGGCGAUGUUGGUGAUUUCAGACUUGACGAUGAUGGUGAUGAGGAUCCUCCCCUUCCGCCGACUCAAGAGUGA